AUGAAUGAUGAAGAUCAUAUAGAUAGUAUUCAUCAUAAUGCUACUUUGAAGAAAAAACCAAGCGUAUUUGCUAAAGGUAUGAAAAGGCUACAAAAAACAAGGUCAUUUUUAAAUUUCAAUCAAUUAGUUGAUCAUAAUGAUUUAAAGAAUUCGAUAACAGAUAAUAAUUCAUAUUCAAAUAAUGAAAGCGCUGAUAGCUUUUCAUUACUAGAUCCAAAAAACAAUAAUUCAGUUGUUCAAAAUGCAUUAUUAGAUGCACCAUUUAUACCACCUCCAAAAGCAACAUUAGGUUCAUAUAAAUUAAAUAAAUCUGACGAAUCAUUAUCUUCGCCUCCAAACAGAUUUUUAAUAAGAUCUCCCACAUUACACGUUACAACCACGUCAAGUAAUAAAUUUGUUGACUCAUUUAAUUCUGCUUCAAAUCAAAAACAUCAAAAGCCACGGCCAGAAAUUGUAGAACAAUUAUUUGAAAAAUUAUUAUCAAUAAGAAUAUUUCCAGAAGAAAGUUUACCAAAUUUAAGGCAUAGUUCAAUAGAAAGAAAGUGGGAAUUACUACUUAGUGAAACAAAAUCAAAUACUGAUUUUGAUUUGAAAAGAUUAUCAAAACAAGCUGAUGAAUAUUUUAAGGAUUUAAAUAUUACCAAAGAUACUAAUUCACCAGAAAUUAUAACAGUUACUAAACUAGAUCAACCAACUCCGACAACACCAGCAACCGUACAAAGUAAGUUUUCAUUAGAAUCAUCGAAUUCUGGUAAUUCAGCUAAUGAAAAUGAAAUAAUUGGUUCAGUUAAUAAAUUUAAACUUAAAGAACUGACUCCCGAAUGGUUUGUUUCACGAAUAAUCGCAAAUAAAUUAUCAUUUAAAGAUACAAAGAGGCUUGAGAAAAAGCUUAAAUCAAGUCUGACAUGGGUUGAUUCAUUUAUUAAUGCACAAGGUGAAACUGCAUUGGCAAUAUUAUUAAAUAAAAUUAAUAAAAAAACAAUAAAAUCUAAUCAAGAAUUUGAUACUGAAUAUUUGAUAGUUAAAUGUUUUAGACAUAUAAACAAAGGAAGAACUGAUUCAGUUACAGAUUUACCAAUUGUUAUUAAAGCUUUAGUUUUUUCAUUAAUUUCACCGAAAUUGCUGACGAAAACAUUAGUUACCGAAGUAUUUGUAAUGAUCUUAAUUAAUAAAGAUGAAAAUUUACUUAAUUGUACAUUAGAUAGUAUGGCUAAUUUACGAAAUUCGAAAGGAGAUAAAUCAUUACCAUUAUUUCAACCAUGGAUGGCUACAUUUGAAGGGGUGAUAAAUAAGUUAAAUAAGAAUCAAGAAUCUAAUUAUAUAAAUUAUAUAACUAUAACAUUGGGUAUGAUUAAUUUAAUCAUAGAGUCAGACAGUUCACUAAAUCGGAGAAAAGAAAGAAGAAAUCAAUUUGACAAGGCAAACAUAUUAAAAAUUUUAAACAGAUUGAAAACUGUUAAGAAUGAUCGACUAGAAGAUGAGAUUGAGAGAUAUGAAUCAUUUGCAGAGGAAGAUUAUUAUGAAAUAGAAAAUCAAAGAAAUAGGAUGUUUAAAGAAUUACCUGAAUUACCUGUUGGAAAAUUAGAUGAUAAUGAUACCAUGGUUGAUAAAGAUGAUAAUUUAAAUUUAUUAUUGAAGGAAGUUGAAGAAAAUGAUUCUAUGAAAAAUAUAUUGCAAAAAUUGUUAACUUUUAAACAAAAUAAAAAUGAUGACAAGCUUCAUUUGAUUGAAACAAUCUUAGAACAUUUGAAUGAGUCAAAACUGAAAGGCGAAUCAAUAUUACAUUUUUCAAUUCAAAAGAUACUAAAACAAAUGUCAUCAGAAGAUAUCUCUCAACGAGCUAUUGCUGAAAGUAAAAAGUUGGAAAAAGAAUUGACUCGGGUUAAAAGUGAGAAAAAACAGUUGGAGCAACAAAUUGGAAUAGAUCAAUUAGAAGUAAUUAAUCAAUUGAGAGAGGCACUUUCAAGAAAAGAUGGAGAAAUUGAAAUUUUAGAAAAGCAAAAAUCUCUUUUACAAAAGAAUAUUAAACAACUUGAAUAUAAAAACGGUGUACUUACUGAGCCAAAGAUUGGUGUCUAUGCCGAUUUAAAAGAUGAUUCAUACUCAUCUAAAAAUAGACCACCGACACCACCAGGAUUAUUUCUGGAACAAUUUAGACGAGAACUUAUAGCACAUAUUCGAACAGAACAUUCACCUGAAAAACUGCAAGAUGAUGCAGAAGAUGACUUGAAUGAUAGUUCUUUUGAUUAUCAAGAUAAAGAUAUACAACCACCUAAAGAUAACAAUUUAAAUCCACCACCACCACCACCUCCUCCUCCAUUACCAAGUUUCAUGAAUGAUGUUAAAUCUUCUGCUCCUCCUCCACCUCCAUUACCAGAUUUUAUCAACAAAAAAUUACCUAAAGCAGUUGCUCCACCACCACCUCCUCCAUUACCAGCUUUCAUAAGUACAAAUGAUUUGCCACCACCACCACCACCACCACCACCACCAAUUCCGAAUUUUAUUAAUUCACAACCUCCACCACCUCCAUUACCUAAUUUUAUGAAUUGCUCGUCUCCAUCACCACCUCCAAUUCCCGAUUAUUUGUUUAAAUCAUCAUCCAGUUUAGACAAUUCCAAAAAACCACCGAUUGAUAAUAAAAAGUCAAAACAAGAUGUCAUACCUUCCAUCAAACCAAAGAAUAAAUUGAAACAAAUGCAUUGGGAUAAGAUUGAUGAUAUAGAGCAAACCUUUUGGAAUGAUUUAGAAGAUCAUAAAAUAUCUAACAAAUUAAUAGAACAUGGUGUUUUGAAUGAAGUGGAAAAAGUUUUUGCUGCAAAAGUAUCUACAAUUAAAAAGAAAAGAGAAGUGGAUUCUACAGAGAAUGUACUGAAACCAACCAGGAUCACAUUUUUAACAAGAGAUUUAGCUCAACAAUUUGGUAUAAACUUACACAUGUAUGGUAAUUUAUCUGAAGAAAAAUUAAUCAAUAAUAUUUUGAAAUGUCAUUCAGAAAUUUUGGAAAAUAUAAGUGUACUUGAGUUCUUUAACAAUGAUUCAUUAAUUGAAAUAAGUGAUAAUCUAUUCCGAAAUUUGGCUCCAUAUUCUAGUGAUCCAAGGAAUAAUAAACCACCCAAAAUGGAUCCAAAUGAGUUGGAAAGAGCAGAUAGAAUAUUUUUGGAAUUGUGUUAUAAUCUAAGACAUUAUUGGAGGGCUAGGUCAAGAGCUUUAUUAUUUACCCAAACUUUUCAAAAAGAUUACAUAGAUUUAGAACAUAAAUUAUCAUUAGUAGAUAAAGCCAAUGCUUGUUUAAAAGACUCAAGUAGCUUGAAAAAUGUUUUAGGUAUAAUCAGAUCAGUUGGUAAUUUCAUGAAUGAAGACUCAAAACAAGCUUUAGGAUUUAAAUUAGAUACAUUACAAAGAUUAAAAUUUAUGAAAGAUGACCUGAAUUCGAUGAAUUUUUUACAUUAUAUUGAAAAAAUAAUUAGACAUUCAUUUCCUGAAUAUGGUACAUUUGUUGAUGAGUUAAAUUCAUUAAAUUUGGUAAUGAAUGUUUCAGUUGAACAACUAGAAUCUGAUUGUCAAGAAAUGGCAAAAUCAGUUCAAAAUAUAACAGAUUCAGUAGAUAAAGGUAAAUUAAGUAAUAUUAAAGAUCUUCAUCCUCAAGAUAGAAUAUUAUCAACUAUUUCAUCACCAAUGAAAAGUGCAAGAACCAAAAAUUCAUUAUUACAGACUCAUUUGAAGAAAACAAUUGAUGAAUUUGAUACUUUAAUGCAAUAUUUUGGUGAAAAUCCAAAUGAUUCAGUUUCAAAAAAUAACUUUUUCAACAAAUUUGUUUUAUUUAUUGAUGAGUUUAAAAAAGUACACAUUGAAAAUGUUCAAAGAGAAGAAGAACAAAAAGUAUAUGAAGCAAGAAAGAAGAUUGUUGAGGAUAAAUUGAAAAAACAACAAAUGUCACAAGAAGAAUUGGUUGAUUCAGUUGAAGAAAGUGCAGCAGUAAUUGAUUUAUUACUUGUAAGAUUGAAGAAGACUAAUCAAAGCAAAUCUAGAAAAAACAACGAUCGAAGAUAUAAAGCAUUGUCGUUUUAUUCAACUGAAGAAUCAAUUGAUUUAGAUGAUUCAAAGUAUGAAAGUGUAAACAAUUUAAAAAGAAGAUUAACUACAAGAAGAACUAAAUCUGAUUUAUCUAGUCCCAAAACCGAUCAACAAAUAUCUAGAGCUCAAGUUAUGUUACAUCAAUUGAGAAAUGAUGGUGUUGAAAAAGAUGAUACUGAAAUCAUUGAAAUUUCCUAA